GACGUUUUGUGUGUCACAUUUAAAGUUGCUAGUACAAUGGCUGCUGAGACGAGUUCUCGAUCCCUGAAGCAACCUGAUUCAACUUGGGAAUACUGUGGUGUGAAUUUAACCAUUCACAACAUUAUUAUACCCGAGGAGCGUUUAUUUCCUACCCCGUCGCAGCUGGACAAAAUGGAAUAUGAAACGGAGAUUGACUUAAGGAUUCUUGGGUGCGAGUUAAUCCAAGAUUCUGGGGUUUUGUUACGGCUGCCGCAAGUCGCUAUGGCAACUGCGCAGGUAUUGUACCAGCGCUUCUUCUACUCCAAGUCAUUUGUCCGUCACUUCUACGAGCAUUACGCUAUGGCAUGUAUAUUUCUGUCUGCAAAGCUUGAAGAGUCUCCAAGACGUAUUAGGGACGUAAUCAAUGUUUUUCAUCAUAUAAGACAAGUUCGGGAUAAAAAAACACCGACACCCGUGAUUCUCGAUCAAAGUUACAGUAAUCUUAAAAAUCAAGUUAUCAAGGCUGAACGACGUGUUUUAAAAGAAUUAGGAUUUUGUGUCCAUGCCAAACAUCCUCACAAGGUAAUCUAACUUGACAUAAUCCAUAUUUUGUAGCUUGUUAUAUGUUACUUGCAGGCUUUGGACCAUGAAACUAACAAAAACCUUGUUCAAGCUGCUUGGAAUUACAUGAACGACAGUCUUCGAACUGAUAUAUUUGUACGUUAUCUUCCGGAAGCAAUUGCAUGUGGUUGCAUUUAUCUGGCAUCAUGUAAGCUCAAUAUUCCUCUGCCACGCCACCCAGCUUGGUGGGAAAUGUUCAGUGUGAGCGAAGAAUCUGUGCACGAAAUCGCUUUAUGUUUGUUACGUUUAUAUGCUCGUCCAAAGGUAGAUGUUGGGAAACUCGAAUCAGUUCUAGCUCAACUCAGGAAAUCUCAGGCAGAAGCAAAGGAACGAGAAAACGAGCUCAGAAAACAACAAACCGUCACAACACCCCCAAGUACCCGGUCCGACCACAGUUUCGGUUAUCUCUCACCCCCAAAUCAUUUAUCCAAAUCUAAGAAUCAAAAUAAGCCUAAUGGGAAUAAGAAGUCAGUAGAUAGUAAAGCUGAGCCUGAAGAUACUUCUACUGUUUUCGCUCCAAACUCGCUUUUAGCAAGCGCCUUAGCUAAUGCCAAAGCGGUCGCAGCAACGAUUACAGCAUCAAAAUCUGGUAUGAUCACAGGCGAGUUGUCCAAAGUGGGUACUGACCCGUCAAUUGUUCCACAUAAACGCGAAACAAGUGAAGAUGUUUCACCAAGAUCUCCAAAAACAUUGGUUGAACCUAAUCAGAUAGAUAAAAUAUCCGAUGCUUCGAAUAAGAAGCCUGAUAGAACUGUACAAGAAAACUCUGAGACCAAACGACGACCAAUUAUUCGACCAGCUGCCUACUCAAAUAUUCCGUCUACUAACACAGAAUCCGACAAAAGACGUCGACAUCAUCGACACAAAUAUUCAUCUAAAAAGCAUCAUUACAAUUCGAUCUCCUCAUCAUCUUCGUCAUCUGACCGAGAGACCGAUCAAAACCGUUAUAAUUCAAUAAACUUACUGACAAAUAACUCCAAAUCUCGUAAUUAUCGACAAAAAUUAAAUGAUAUAUCAUCCUCUGGCUCUGAAACAGGUGAUAGUUCAUCAAGUCCUAACAAACACAUAGUUAAUGUGCAUGAUCGCAGAAAAAUCUACAAUAAUAAACGUAAACAUAUUCCACGCUCUUCAUCAGAGGAUUCCCAAACAUCUUCUUUCAGUGAUGAACCGCGUUUUUCCCCGACUCAUCAUAAUCCGGUAAAAUCUAAAAGCGGUCGCCGUCAUUUAUCACCGCCCUAUGCCUACCGAAUCGAUUAUGAUAAGUCACAUAAAAGCAAACAUCAUUCAUCAUUGCGAUCUGCACCAAACGGUGAAAGUGGUCGUAUAUUGCGUGAGCACUCUAACCAUCGUCUAGUUUCGAGUCGACAUCAUGAUCAUCACCGAAGGUAAAUUGUACAUAUGAAUCGUUUAAUUUUACUCUGUACAAAAAUUUUAUGAGUAUUAACUUUUUUCACUGGUUGCCUGUACGGUAUGAUUGAUAGAUUAUUUACCAGAUUGCAAUAAAUUAUUUGCACUAUCC